UCUCUCCACACCUCUCAACUAUCCCAAAUUCGAAUUCAGAAGAGCUCAAAGUUUCGAUUUUUUCGGGUAAUUGAUACACUUGUUUUUCUGAAUUUCCUAGUUUUUCUUGUAUUGUUGCGGAAGAGAUGGUGUUCUUGAGUUGGGGCCGUCCAUCUUCCGAGCAACAGCAACAAGUAAUCAACAAGACAGGAACCUUCAAUUAUGACAACAAGUACAGAGGAGUUUCGUCAAGGUCUAUAGCAAAACUCAAGGAAGACUCAGAGGUUGAUAAAGAUGGAUUCUGGAUCAAUCAUGCUCGUGUUUUAGUCGGUUCUGGUAGAGAGAGUUAUGACAAGGGGAAAAAAGCUCUACAGAAUUGGAAGCAUUUUGGUAUGGACUGGACAUUUGUUGAUCCUGCAACUCCAGUUGAAACCGGUAAGAAGUUUUGCAUCUGUGUGAAAGAACUUCUUCCAUGGGUGAUGCUUCCUCUUCAAGUGGUUUAUGUCGAUGAAAGCCGGAAAUCAAGAAAAGGCCCUGCGCAUUUCGGUUACGGGAGCGGCACUCUUCAGGGACAUUUACUGGCUGGAGAAGAACGGUUUUCCAUAGAGCUUGACGGAAAUGGUCAAGUGUGGUAUGAGAUAACGUCCUUCUCAAAGCCAGCUCAUUUCUUGUCCUUCCUUGGAUAUCCUUAUGUCAAGCUAAGGCAGAAGCACUUUGCUCGUCAUUCUUCUGAAGCAGUGCUGAAACAUCUCAAUGCUUCCUGAUGGAAGGUCAUUCUUUAUUCAGAUGAUUGGUACUCUUUAGUAUAAAGUAUAAGAUACAUUUGUAUAAUAAUUUAAACUAUAUUAAGUUUACAAAAUUUUAUGUUUGUAUAAUGUAUUCAACCGGCAAAUCCUCUAAAAA